AUGAGCCACACGCAACAACAAACCGCUUCGAGCACCACUACCACUACUGUCACCGUGCCGCCACCUCAGGAGGAGAAUCUGGUACUUCAUCUCAGUGCUCCACAACCAUCAACAUCAGAACGUCGUCAUGUUGUAUGGGCCACCGAAACGGUCGAUAACGAGGGAAUGGGCAAAAAGAAGAGCAAGUGCUGCUGCAUUUACAAGAAACCAAAAAAUUGGCAAGACUCGAGCUCCGAUUCGGAUUCCGAUUGUGAAACCGGACAUUGUCGGGGCCAUGUAGAACAGAAGAAAGGAGGAGAAGAGCCACCGUCGAAAAACUCUUGA